GAGAAAAAAUCAAUCUUCGACGCGCAAGAAGAGUUAUUUCCAGCUGAUCCCGUUGUAAGCAGCCACGGACGCCAACUUUCCUGCGGGAGAAUGGCCAAAAAACAAACCCUCGUUCUGCUGGGGUACGAAGAUGAACUGAUUGCGGAAAAGGACCGUCCCUAUCUGUCCUACACGACAAACAAAAUCGGUGGCCAUGCGGACUGGCCUGCUGGUGCGAUAGAGAUUCAACCGUGCAUUUUCUGUGGCCAGCAAAGGCCAUUGAUCGUGCAGAUCUAUGCUCCGUUGGAUGAUUCGCAGUUUCAUCGUACGUUGUACGUGUUUGCUUGCUUGAAUGCACCCUGUUCGACUCAGUCCCAGGCGUGGACGUGCGUAAGGAUACAGUCGCUAGAAAAGAGCUCACCUGGAGCGGAUGGUAUUGUCGAAACACGGUCGGGCAAGGUGUUGCCGAAGGAUACCACGAUAUCGUGGUGUAGCGGUGCCGACGAUUGGGAUGAAGACGGGCAGGAGGAUAUGGAAGUGCGAGAGGACUUCAGUACCACCACCUUUAUGCGGGUUGAUACAAGCAGUGUUGCGGCGGAACAGCUGUUGAACGAGGAGAAUGGCAAUGUGAUUCAGUACGAGAAGGUGUCCGACGAGGAUGACGAAAGCAAUUCGAUGGAUGCGGAACCCAUACCUGGGUUCGAUAAACUGCGAGUGGACGAAACGAAUGCAAAUGCGCGCGGCGAUGGUAGGCCUUCCGGAGCAACCGGAGGGGCAGAACUGAUCGAUAAUCUCUACACUACGAGAGCGUCGGCCGAGAUCGAAGGACUAGAAGCGGAGGUGGUCGUCGUGGACACGCCCGUGUCACCGAAACGUGAUUUAAUUGCACUGCUGAAGCAACCUCAGGUUGUGCCACGAAGCAUUGGAGAUGUAACGCUGAGGGGACUGUACAUCAGCGUAGAUGAAGAGCGGUACGUUGCACCACUCGCUUCCGAUCACGUUCGAGAACUACUUGCCGAGUAUCAGCGACAUGAGGAAGUUAAAACUAGCCCCGAUAGCCCAUUGGAGAAUGCCGCGUCGGGAACUAAGCCACUGUCGAAAGCUAACCAUGACCAAGAACUGUACGAGAAGGGCAUUCCUAUGCACGGCGAUCUGAUGUUCCAUUCGUUUCUAAGCAAGCUGCAGGAGAACCCGGGACAGUUACUUCGCUAUUCGCGUAACGCCUUACCGCUGCUGAUUGCACCGAUCAAGGAAAUCGCCAUACCACCCCACUGUCAGUACUGCAAAAAUGAAAUGAUCUGUGAAAUUCAGCUGCUUCCAACCAUGAUCGAAAAACUGCGGUUCGAGGUGAAUGGAGAGCGAGUACCGAUAGACUUUGGAAACGUGCUCGUUUGGACGUGCGGCAAAAGCUGCUGGGACACACCGGACAAAAUGCGCCAGGAACUGGUGUUGGUACAAAACGAAGCAUAAGAUGUAGCCACGGUAAUGUGAGUGAGUUAAGCAAUCUUCCAUUUGCCUUCGGGAGAUGUUGAAACGGAAAAAGGCUGGUACCGGCAGAGUCGCUUGGUAUUGCUCCGUUAGCACAGGAUCUUUUUGCUCGGCAAAAAGGCAUCUCUGUCGUGUACUGAAACCAUCGUCAAUUUGGAUAGUUACCUUAGACAGCACAGCGCCGCGCUAGUGUGACUCUGACCGCCGAUGAGGAAACGGAAACGUAUCAGCAUUUUAAAAUACGCAAUCGAAAUGUACGCACCGCAUAUCGGCAGGACAUCGGUAGCGCCACGAUUAGCAUCCGGUAGACAUUUUAUCGUGUUUUAUAUGAGUGAAUCGUUCGGCUCGAGUUUUAGUGUAGCAUCGAUAUCUCAUAGCUGGAACGUGUUGAUAUGAUAAUUACUCCUAUUCUAUACAGUAAGUAGCGAUUAAUGUGAUAGCAAAAACAAAACUACAACUAUCGUAUGUGAGCGUAAAGUUCCCGUUGCUCUAAGUGCGCAUUGUGCCAGCAAAUUAGCUAUGCCGUCCGAUUUUCUUUGCGGCAAACUUCUUCUAUUUGUUUCACCGUGCGUUUGUGACUGUUUCGUUACCAUUACCAUCUGGAAUAUCGUGUAGAGGAUACAUGAUAGACGUGUAAAACGCGAAGAUCGUUGUACGAUCAGCAUAGGGAUUUUAUUUCAGCGGCCAAAAAAAGCGCAACGAAGUAAAUCUAGCAGGGCGUAACAAGUAGCGAGUAUUUUCAUCUUUAAUCCUAGAUUUCAUCGAUAAACUAUGGAUUUAUUCGCGUUUCAAUAGUUUCCUUCUACUUCUAAAUAAAGCGAAU